AUGGCGGCGGAUUUGGAGGUUAUCAGGGAACGAUACCAGAUUCCGGCGGAGGUGGAGUUAUUGCUGCCGACAUCGAGGGAAAGGCCAUCUACUGCUAGGCCAAGGGAGUUUUCCUUGUACGAGGAGGCGCUAAAAGACCCUGUAAAAGAACAGGCCAGAAAGGAGGGGGAGGUUCUGAAAAAGAAGAAGAAGAAGAGGAGUGCCCCAGAGGAAGCCGCAGAUGAGUCUGGGGCCAAGAGGGCGAAGGUGGCCCCAACUGAGGUGGAGGUCCCUGUGGCCAAGGAUGCCCCAGAGGUGGUGGAGGUCAUCCUAAUGGUGGAGGUUGUAGAGAUUGCUCCAACAGUGCAAGUGGAGGCUGGGCUGACUGAGGCGGCGCCGAGCGGAAGGGAGCAGGAGUUGGGGGAGAAGCGCGCCAGAGCAGAGGAGGAGAAGGGGAGGCUCCUGAGGGAGUGGGAAUCAGAGAAGGCGAAGGCGACGGCGGAGCUGGAGAGUCUGAAGAAGGGGGUGGAAGAGGAGAGGGCGAUGGCGGCGGCUGAAAGGGGGGCCCUGCAAAGAGAGCUGGACGAAGAGAGGGCGAAGGCGGCGUCUGAGAGGGAGGCCUACCCUGAUCUGUGCGUCGCAGCAGUGGAGCAAUAUAAAGGGUCCCCCGAAUUUCAGAUGGCGGUAGACGCCGCUGUCGCCAGGAGUCUGGCUAGGCAAGAGUCUGGGGGGGUGGGCCCAUCAAGGAAGACUGUUGGAGGUAGGACAGAAGCAGAGCCACCAAAAAACUUCCCAAGCAAAGACCUGAAAAAGCUCCUAGAUCUUCCCAUCCAGAGGCGCAAGGCUCCACUGGUGCUGAACUUUAUUCCAACAUACAAAUUAACUCUGCCCGACGUCCUAAAAAGAAAGAAGAAGAGCCUAUCUCCUCCCUCUGCUACUACUCUUCAAACAGUAUCAACAUCUCGGGCUGACCAAGGGUCAACCUCUGAUCCAGCCAGCCAACCAUCAACUUCUGCCCCAUACCUAAUCCCAAUACCAGAAAGAAAACGUCGGCGAAGACUCGUAAAAACCGCCGAGAUGGUUCGCCCAAAGCCUGUCGCCCAAGAUCUCCUAGUCGAUCUUCCAACCGACGUCGAUGCUGUUCCGACACAACCUAUGCCCCCACCGAAACCAAGAAGAACCAAGAAGGCACAGCCUAAGACCAAGGCUACUGAGGUUGAGGCUGAGGAUGCUCUACCCAUCUCCAAGCUGGCUGAAAGCAGCAAAUCUCAACCUUCCGCUGGGAAGAGGCGUGUAGAAUCCCAGCCAUCAGAAUCUACUCAACCCAUGCGACGACCUCGGGGUCCAAAAAAUCUGAUGUUCCUUGGGCUCCCCAGAUUACUCUGGAAGAUAGGCCCAUAA